AUGGGAAAAUCGAAAGUUCAAGUUCUCCCAGCCGAGUCUGGAGCCACCAGGCUCGGUGACGGCAACACCUUAACCCGCUGCAACCUGCGCAAUUGCGCCAUCAACACAACAUGGGCCAAGUGGUGUAACUUUGAAGACUGCAUGCUGGCACAGGUCGACUCCGCACAUCGAUCAACAGGGCGAAAUUCACACUUCCAUAAUGCCCACUCGCUCAGUCGUAGCGAUUUCGUCGACAGUAUCAUCCGCGACCGGAGCUCCGUGCACCGCAGUGCAGUCACGGCCUCGACGGUCAGCGACGCGACUGUGUUGAAGCGCAGUACAGUGACUGGGUCAAUUGUUCACAACGGCCAAGUGUGGAGGUCCACAUUGACAGAUUGUGAUGUUGAAGACUGCGCUAUCUCGCGGUCGGAUUUCCAGGGGAUGAUUCUCAAGUAUGGUGUUUGGAAGAAGGGGCAGCUUGUCGGUAAGACUGGAGAUAAAGAGCCCAUCAUGAUGAGGAAAGACACUCCGGAAGCAGAAGUAAGUGUCGUAUUUGACUUGAUUUGA